AUAUAAAGAGUCGACUGACAACAAGACACUUACUUUCCCUCUCCUUUAAUCAGCAACGCGCACGAUGUAUAUUGCGAGAGGUCUUCUUAUUCUUUCAUUUGGAUCCAUGCUGAGGUUAAUCUCCUGUUACAGCGAUGGAAGCUUUUUGGAGGAGGGUCAAUGUCAAGCAAUGAAUAUUAUCCAUCUUGAUAGAAGUGGUGUACAAAUAUCAGCACAAAACACGGAAGCCCCUUUCAAGGUCGAACCAGAAAAUGUGACAGUUUCGGAAGGGAAUACGGGCCGUAUUACCGUGACCCUUUCGGGUGGAUCGAGUCAGUUUGAGGGGUUUAUGUUGGACUCUCGUGAGUGUGAUAACUGUCCGUCUGUAGGUACGUUUAGUUUGGAUGACCUGGACAACAGCCAACUCAUCUGUGGUGGCAGUGUCGUUGUUCAUAUUAAUAAUUUAAAGAAGAACUCAAUCAGAGUGUUCUGGACACACACAGCGGCAGCCUCAAGACUAUUUUUCUUCAGAGCUGCAGUUGUAGAAGACUUUUUUAAGUUUUGGCGAAGGAAGAAGAUAAAUGUACCGUCCACAACACCACUGCCCUCUGAAACAAGUGCGCAUACAAGACUAACUACAAGCCCAACAAUAUUUCCAACAGAUUCACAUGCCACAGGCACAUCCACAGCACCACCGAUCUCUGAAGCCAACAGUACACAAACGAACCUAACUACAAGCACAACAACAUUUACAACAUCAAAUAUAGACUCACAGGCUACAGUUACAUCAACAUCGCCUUCUCAGUGUGCGCAAUAUAUGAGAUGUGUUUUAGCACUGUUAUUGUUCAGUCGCCUCUGUUUUCUUGGAGGCUCUUCGCUCCUGAUUAUCAUUAGACCCGUUUUGGAAAAAACGACAACCAUGAGUGCCUCUGUCCUUGAACUAGCAUCCAAAACUAUUGCUGUCAUCCUCGUACUAAUAAAAGCAAAUAAAUAUGAGUGCGUGUACGAGUGUGCUGGUUUCAGGUUUACCGCUUUGACGGUGGCUGCCAUGGUUUCAAGCCUGCUGCACACUAUCACUGUUCUCCUUCACUGCGGGCCAAGCCAUGAAUUAAGGAAGUGUUGGCUUUAUGCCAUCGUAAUGGUUGACCUAAUGAAUACUACCAUUACAACCACUGCAAUAUUUGUUGGAACGUGGUGCUUUAAGGAGUGCUGGCUGCCAAUAUUAAUGGGAGUUUAUGUUGUUUGGGAGAUCAUGUUGUACCUUGGUUCAGUUUGCUAUGAACAUACGGAAAAAUACCAGACAAGGAAAAGAGUCAGAAAAAAUCAGAAUCAUAUUUUGGAAAAGAGGAUAUCCCCAUGGUUGUUAAUGUUUAUAAUCUUUACAAUUUUAAAUGUAUCGUUGACAGCAGCACUUAUAACAGGAGUGUCUUUGGUCAGAAUGAUAAAUUGAGAGAACGUCUGCAGAUUUUCCAGUUGGCAAAUUUGUAAUCUUGGUACCAUUGAAAGGCUGGGCAGAGUGGGAGCAACUCUUUCCAGUUGUAGUAGUACAUCAGUAUUCAGUAAUCACUUUAAAGGAUACAUGUAAAUUAAAGAUGGAAAAAUGCCCUUCAUCAUCAUAACUUUGUCUGCUUUUGAUGAGAAUCCUUCAUUUUAUCACUGAUAAUGUUAAACACUUAAGUGAUUAUAUAACUUCUGUUUUCUAAAUGUUUUGGUUAAAUCCAAGUUUUCUGUUCAGUUCUACAAAAAAACUUUAACCUCUGAACACUAAGAGGUUAAAUAAUGACAACAACUUUAAUGGAGUUAGAUUAAUUAUAUUGGAGUCAGAUCAACUGAAAUCUGCACUACAUAUUUUAAAUGCUUUUUGUUCGAUUGUUGGUUUAAAAUAGCAACGUAUGCUCCCAGCAAUACACCUUUAUUUACACCUUUUUAUGAAUUCUUAUGAAUUAUGUUUCUGAGUUUGUCUGUUUUAGUAUUUUGACAGUAACAUAUUUAUGCAAUUACAAAUAUGCAAGGCUAAAGAGCAAAAUUAACAAAGACCAGUUUCGAUAAUGUGUCAUGUUUCCUGAUGUUUUUCUCAUUCCAUCAACAUUAAAAAUCAAUUGCUUGGGUAAAAUGCA